AUGGCAACCAAGAUCCCUGGAUGGAAUGCUGCCAAGCCUGGCAUUUCUUCCAAAGGCUGGUCAAUGCAUGUCCCCGCUGAGGUGACGGGUGAAAUUGGCAAGACCGUCACCUUGCCAUGCACUUUUACACACCCGCACAACAUGUUCGACAAGACUCUGACAGCUAUUUGGCGGGUGAAGGAGCCGUACAACGGGACGGUUGUUUUCCAGUGCGUCGCCCACAGCUCCAGCGAUUUCUGCAAAGCCACUGCUGGGACGAAGAACCGGUAUAAGCUUCUGGGGAACCCAAGACAGAACAACCUCUCCCUCCAGAUCGACAGCCUAGCGUGGAAUGACAGCAACAGAUACUUCUGCCGGGUUGAGUUCUCCGGGGACAUCCAUGACAAGUACGAAAGCCGGAUGGGCCUCAGGCUGCGCCUCAUCGCUCCACCCAGGAUCGUGAACAUCUCUGUCCAGACUGGGCAGGAUCAUGCCUUCCAUGCCAGGUGCACGGCCGAAGGGGAGCCGCUCCCCACCCUGACAUGGACUGGUCCCCAGUCCAGCAACCUCACGUCCGUCUCCAGUGCCGUUCACCAGGUCACCAGGGAACUCCAGCACCUGGCUCAUGAUGGAAAGUACACCUGCACCGCCGUUAACAGCCUUGGAGCAGCGGAAGGGGCGGUCUAUUUUUACAAGUUCAAAGCCGGAGGGAGCUCCUGGCUCCUCGCCCUCUUGUUCGUGGCCCUGGGGAUCAAAUUGCUGGCCCUGGUGGUGAUACUAGGGGUCGGUGCUUGCUGGAAGGGAGGAAGCUCCACCUAG